AUGAGUGUGCUCCUGCCGGAUAUGCUGGGGAUUUUCGCUGCGGCUCUCAUCUCAAUCGGCGGAUAUGCGGCUUCAUCGCUCCUGGCAGGCAGCCAGUCCACGUACAUCUGCCCGAUCGUCCUCAAUGGUUCGGCACGUCUUCAAGCCAUGAAGGCCGCCAACGUGGUGAUAGACUCAAUUCUCCUCAUUGGAAUCACCGAACUCUGCCGAAGUGGGACCGACGGUGAAGAGUCUCGAACAAACCGAACAGCUUUCUCUCUUGGAGCCGGUCUUCUGCUUGUUGCCUUGAUUUGGACUAUCAUUGGACAUUUCGUUCGGAACAGUCGCCCUGAACACAGCGGUCAGCCCUUUUUAGAUGCAAAGUACUCGCGCAGUGCUUUCGGUGAAGCGCUGUUGGUUGUCAUGUUUGUUCUAUCAAGCUUGCCAAUGCUAUCGCAUUUCGGGAUUCUCGGGGUAUCCAUCCUGAGCGGAUUUGUGUUCGUCUUCUUCCCGGCAAUGUCGACUCUUAUCUUUGAGCAGAUGCCAUUCCCAUACAUCUCCCAGAUUCAUGCCGCAAUCCCCGUCAUUGCGUCUUCAACGGGUGUAAUCCUGUUUCUUCUCUCCAGAAUAUUAUCGGAGGAGGAGUCAAAACCUCUCUAUCGCACCAACAUUGUGCUACAGAUCCUAUUCCUUCUCGUUGGUGGGGUCGGCCUAGCCUUUUCCAUGACCAAACAUCAUUUCCCUCACACUCAUCCGAUUGAUCUCCUGGUUCACAAGGCCACUCUCAACUACGACAACUACCUUCUGCAAGCGAGUGCCAGCAAAAACCUAGAAGACGCCGUUCGGGAAUAUCGGAAGAGGCAUCGUCAGCAUCCACCGCCUGGAUUUGAUAAGUGGUUUGAGUAUGCAACGAACCGGUCUUCGGUGAUCAUCGACGAUUUCGACCAGAUUCACGAGAAUAUUCUUCCAUUCAGAGCAAUUAGCCCUGCGGAGAUCCGGGAUAUGACACAAAAAUUAGCGACAAAUCCUUUCAACGACCUUGGAGCAAUCAGCAUUCGCAUGGGCCAGGUAAAAGUCCAAGAAGGGAUCAAACCAACACAUGCAUGGAUGGUGAAAGGAGCCGCCGAAAUGAUUGAAAAUUUCGCCCAGCACCUACCAGAUAUGGACCUUGUGUUCAAUCUCAAUGACGAGCCGCGAGUUGCGGUACCGUGGGAGAAGAUGUUGCUGUUGAAACAGGCGGCACAGGCACGCCCACCUAUCCCCCAAGAAGAUUUAUUAGACCGGUGGUCGGGAGACCGACAUCUUGGCUGGGCGCCAGUUGAACCCGCUGAUCAAACAAACCAGACAAUAUUUACAGACGGUGCUUGGAGGGGGGUUUUUGAUCCCUAUGUCAGUGCAGUCUGUCCACCCUCAUCCCGAGUCCGCACACGACGUGUAUGGAACCGGCACGACAUUUGCCUGAGCUGCGCGGCACCCCAUACAAUGGGCCAAUUCCCGUUGGAUUUCAAUCUCGCCACAGAAAUCUGUCAUCAACCUGAUCUCGCCUUUCUUCACGGCCUCUUGAUAUCGCCUGCGUCAUUCAAGGUGUCCCAAGAACUGAUCCCGGUGUUCAGCCAAAGUGCACUUGCUGGGUUCAGCGACAUCCUCUUUCCCAGUCCUUGGAAUUACAUGGACAAGAUUGAGUACAAGCCUUCAAAGGAGCAUCCAGACCCUGAGUUUGCGCAAAAGGACAAUUCUCUGUACUGGGUCGGUAGCACGUCCGAAGGCUACAGUCGCUUCAACGAGUGGAAGGGCAUGCCGCGACAGCGAUUCUCACACCUGAUCAAUAACAACACUCACAGCCAAGUCUCCGUGCUCUUACCCGCCGGUAAAGACCAAUACCAAUACAAAAUCAUGGAUGGAUCUGCUCCAGGCAAAGAGCUAAACCUGCGCACCGACGUUCACAUCGCCGACCCAAUUACUCGCUGCGGUGACUGCGAUACUCAGCGUGAUGAGCUGGGAACCCGCUCCUGGGUUAACUUCCAGGCACACUGGUCCCAUCGGUUCCUAUUUGAUCUUGACGGAGCAGGAUUCAGUGGCCGUUUUCUGCCUUUCCUGCAGAGUCACAGCCUUCCAUUGAGGACUGGUCUUUUCCGACAAUGGUUUGACUCUCGAGUAAUCUCUUGGCUGCACUUCGUCCCCGUCGACAUUCGUCUUCAUGGACUCUGGAGUACGUUGGCGUAUUUCGCUGGUGUACCCAGUCCCAAUGCUGGUGAACAUAAUACAAAGGAACCCAAAAUGCUCAUGGAUGCACAUGUGAAUGAAGGCUGGUGGAUCGCCGAGCAGGGCCGCAAGUGGACAGAGAUUGCACUUCGCAAGGAGGAUAUGGAGAUCUAUUUCUUCCGGCUGUUACUUGAAUGGGGUCGUAUUACGGAUGAUCAGAGAGAUGUGCUUGGGUUCAAGCUGUGA